UAGGGGCACUAGUAGUAGAACUGUUUUUAUUUUUAUUUCAUUUUGAAACACAACGUCUAGGUGCAGCACGUGCCUCUCUUCGCUUCAUCCAGAACCUUCAAACCAGAGCGUUAGGGUUCACAGCUCCGGCGACAAUGGAAGUAGCCAACACCCGAAACCAAAACUCCAAACGCAAGUUCGACGAAACCGUUUCACAAUCCAACGGUUUCAACAACAGCAAUAACAACGUCGAUCUUUCCCUUCUCGAAGCAAUCGAGAAAUCACAAAACACCAUAGAAGUAGUAGACCUUCGAACCCUAAAAAAACUUGUUCUCUCCUUCGAACGCAGAUUGAAGGAAAACAUCGAAGCACGUCUCAAAUACCCUAACCAGCCCGAUCGUUUCGCCGAUUCCGAAUUGGAACUCCACGAAGAGCUUCACAAACUCAAAGUCCUCGCCGGAGCACCGGAACUUUACCCUGACCUUGUUAAUCUCAACGUCGUUUCAUCAAUUGUCGAUUUGCUCAACCAUGAUAACACCGAUAUCGCCAUAGACGUUGUUCAGCUUCUUCAAGACCUAACCGAUGAAGAUGUACUUGACGAAAACGAUGAACCUGCUAGGGUUCUUGUUGAAGCUUUAGUUGAUAAUAGUGCGUUGGAGCUUCUAGUACAGAAUCUUCACCGUUUGUCGGAAUCUGAUCCCGACGAAAAUGCUGCUGUUUACAAUACGCUUGCUACAAUUGAGAAUAUGGUCGAGGUGAAACCUGCGGUGGCGGAAUUGGUCUGCGAGAGAACGAAGCUGUUGAAGUGGUUGUUGGGGAAGAUUAAGGUGAGAGAAUUUGAUAGCAACAAGCAAUAUGCGUCAGAGAUUUUGGCGAUUUUGCUGCAGAGUAGUACCGCAAAUCAGAAGAAAUUGGGGCAGAUGAAUGGGGUGGAUGUUGUGCUUCAAGCGGUGGCAAUGUAUAAGUCGAAGGAUCCUAAGAGUUCUGACGAGGAAGAGAUGGUGGAGAAUUUGUUUGAUUGUUUGUGUUGUUUGUUGAUGCCUUUGGAGAAUAAGGAAAGGUUUGUGAAAGCUGAAGGGGUUGAGUUGAUGAUAAUUAUUAUGAAACAGAAGAAAUUGGCUUAUGCUUCUGCUAUUAGGGCGCUUGAUUUUGCAAUGACCAAUUACCCUCCUGCUUGUGAACGAUUUGUUGAUGUUUUGGGAUUGAAGACAGCUUUUGCAGCUUUUAUGGGUAAGGUUCCAAUCAGUAAGAAGAACAAGAAAGAACGGUACCAAGAGGAGUUAGAGGAGCGCGUUGUGUCGCUGAUUGCUUCAUUAUUUGGUGGAAUCUUGAGGGGCUCUAGGAGAGACAGAUUAUUAAGUAAGUUUGUUGAAAACGAGUGUGAGAAGAUAGAUAGGCUAAUGGAACUAUACAUCAGAUAUUCAGAUAGAGUCAAAGUUGAAACUGAACGGUUGAGUAAAAUUGAGUUUGAUGACUUGGAGAUGGAUGAAGAUGAAAAGUACAAUCGUAAACUAGAAUCUGGACUUUAUACUCUUCAGUUGGUUGCUGUCAUUUUGGGUCAUAUUUGGUGCUCUGAACAUUCACAAAUGAGAGGAAGAAUUGAACUACUUCUCAAACAGAACAAACUUAGUAAAAAGCAUGUCAAGGAUAUACUUCAGGAAUAUCAUGACAAUAUUGGUGAUCUUGAUGGACCAGAAGAGAAGGAGCGGGCACAAACAAAGAUUCAGAAGUUCUUAAUGGCGUUAUAACUAUUGUAAGACUUAAUAGAGUAAACUUCAUUGGAAGUGAUUAUUUUUUCCUUUUUGCCCCUUUUCAAAUGCGUGUAAAAUCUAUUUUGUUGAGAACAGGAAAUAGGCUAGUCAGGUUAAUGGAGAAAGAAACACUGAUAUGCAAAUGUUGUUGAGAUCAUAGUAACAUACAGUUUCUGUGAGUUUAAUUUUCAGUUUGAAAACAAUAGUUAGAGUUGCAUUUAGUCAAUGUUUGUCCUAGUUGCAAUUUAUUUUUGCAGGGAUGAACUACUGCCGGUUUCUGUUAGACAGCCUAAA